GCCCCCCGGGGCUUUCAGCUCAGUGCUCAGCAUCCCAGAGCUUUCAGUACCCUGUGUCGGCUUCUUUCUCUCCUCCGCUCUCCUCCUCCUCUUCCUUCUGUCCUUCUCCUCCGCCCGAUCUGCCUGGCCCAGCUCUGCCUGCCCCUGCAGGGGCCAUGACCAUCAACGCCCUCCACCAGGGAGGCAGCUGCAAAGCCCAGAUGCCAUGCCUGAGCAAGGAGCACAGAGCGGGUGUCCCCUAGAGAGGAGGAACAAUUUUAUACAGAAGCAGAAGAUGUGGCUGCUUGUGAGGGGAUCUAGGGUGAUUUCAGAGGUUCUGGAGUCCCUCCUGUCCACUUCCCCAACCAAAAAGAGACCUUUAAAAUUCUACCAUUCAAGAUUCAUUCAUUUGACUUGAUCCCUAGUUAAAAUGCAAAUACUCCUGGGAGCAGACUUUGAUAAUGGAGAAAUUGAGAGAAUACUGGGUCCCUGAAGUGCUUGGAGAGAUGGAGCGUGUGAUUGUGGGCAUGCAGGACCCAGACAUGGGUGUUAAGAUGCGGAAUCAGCGCCUGCUCAUCACAGUGAUUCCCCAUGCCAUGACUGGCAGUGACAUUGUGGAGUGGCUCAUCCAGAAAUUCUCUAUCUCAGAGGAAGAGUCUCUACACCUGGGGAAUCUCAUUGUGAAACAUGGUUACAUCUAUCCCCUGAAGGACCCUCGAUGCCUCGUGCUCCGAGCAGAUGACUCCCCUUACAGGUUCCAGACACCCUAUUUUUGGAUGAGCACUAAGUGGCCAGCUGCUGAAUUGGAUUAUGCUAUCUAUUUGGCCAAGAAGAAUAUACGGAAACAAGGGGACCUGAUUGAGCAUGAAAAGGAUUACUAUAACCAGCUACACAAGAAGAUCAAUCACACAUGGGACUUUGUAGUGAUGCAGGCCCGGGAGCAGCUGAGAGCAGUCAAGCAGCGUCGGAAAGGGGACAGAAUUGUCAUUGAGUGCCAGGAGCAGACUUAUUGGCUGGUGAAUCGGCCCCCGCCGGGAGUCCUGAAUGUGAUGGAGCAGGGACCUGAGCGGGGUAACUGCUAUACCAGCAGGGUGCAGAUGACUAAAAAUAUGGAUUUUUAUAAGCGAGAGAUUGAGUACUGUAAGAAAGCGAUGGGUAGGACUAGGGUGAAGUCUUCUAUCUGCCUGGAAGCAUAUCUCAAGUUCAACGACCAGUACAUGCCCCAUGACCCCAUCAUGUCUGGCUGCCUGCCCAGUAACCCUUGGAUCACUGACGAUACCGACUACUGGUCAAUGAAUGCACCCACGGUGACGACACCUACUAAGUUGCGGGUUGAGCGUUGGGCCUUUAACUUCGGGGAGCUCCUGGGGGAUCCUCUGGGCCAUAUACAGUUCAUGGAGUUCCUCAAGAAAGAGUUCAGCGCUGAAAACCUGAGCUUCUGGGAAGCAUGUGAGGACCUGCGAUAUGGGGAGCAGUCCAAGAUUGCUGAGAGUGUCGACUCUGUCUACCAACAGUUUCUUGCCCCCGGGGCCACACGCUGGGUCAAUAUUGACAGCAAAACUAUGGAGAAGACGCUUGAAGGGAUCCGCAGACCCCAUCGCUAUGUCAUGGAUGAUGCCCAGAUGCACAUCUACAUGCUUAUGAAAAAGGAUUCCUAUCCCAGGUUCUUAAAGUCUGACAUGUAUAAGACACUCCUGGCAGAGGCUGUGAUUCCACCAGAGACUAAGAAACGAGUGUUCCCAUUCAUGAGGAAGCAGCGCCACUCCAGCCCUAGCCCGGCCCUGCUCCUGCCCUCAGAACAGGAGCCCAAGGGGGAGGACAAGAAUAAGGCCCUGGCUUCUGCUGCCUCUGCUGGGGAAGGGGAAGGCUAGGCAAGGCGACAGUCCUCCCUUUCCCUCUGUGGCCACUUCUCCCUCUCCUCUGGUUGACAGCCUGGAAGAUGUCAUUGGAGAGGAGAGGGGUUGGGGUGCUAGGUAUGGGAAAGGGGACAGAGAGAAAAGCAUUUCAUGAACCGAGAUGUGUGAGGGCUCCCUUCUCCCUCCUUGUCCCUGCCAUGUCCAGUGUCCUCCAAGGAGAGGUUAUAAUGCCCACCAACUCCUUACCCCUAAUCCUGAGUCAGUCCACAGGUAUCCCACCCAACCCCCACCUUUGGCAGAGGAAGCAUGGCGCAGUGCACAAGGUGGAGCAAGGGGACAGGGUGCUGGUCUUAGCUCUGUUGCUAACUUGCAGCUUAACAUCAGGCAAGUCACUCUCUGGGCCUCAGUUUCCCUGCUGUACAAGUUAGUUAGAUAAUCCAAAGGCUUGGACAAAAUGCUCCCUAAGGUUUCCUCCUCCAACUCUAAAAGUCCAGUUCGGUCCCUGGUCCAGUCAGCCCUAGCUUGGUGACUUCUGACACGAGCCUUUCCACAGACUCCAUUAGAACCUUUCUGGCUCUGCAGGUGGGUAGCUGUUUUUAUGGCCCUUUGGGGUCAGCUCAUCAAGGAGCAGCUGUUACCUAUCUUAAGGUCUCCAGGUGCCCUUCAUAUACAUGCGUGCACAUGCAUGAGCCCCCAGGAGCAUACUUCAGUUUCCUGGAUAAGCAGCAGCUUCUUCUUCUUCCUUCCCAUGGCAGGCUCUCAUAGUUCCAAAAGGUGGCAAGAAGAGUAAGUCUGUUGAGCCAGACCCUCCAGGGUAGGGCAGGAACCCCAAGUUUGCUGGGAGUUAAAAAGGCAAAACUUCCUGCUUCCCCACUAUCAGAAAAGAUUGAAGCCAUUGAUUUCCAGUUUGCCCCAAAGGGAAGUAUCUCCAUAUAAAUGAACCUUGGGUUUGGAAGGGAAUUCAUACCCAUAUGUGAACAAGAUUCUGCUCUACCUGUCCAACAGCUGGUUACCCAAAUGUUGGGUGAACUUUGUUAGAGGGGACAGCCUGCUACUUCCUGGAAUCUAUUUUACUUUGGGAGAGCACUUUAGGAGGGCACUUCAGGUACUCGAAAACAGUUAUCCUUAGGCCUUCUCCAAGCUAAAUACCCUCAGUUCUUUCAACUCAUGCACACGACAUGAUUUUGGGACCUUUUACCAUCAAAGUGGGACAGCUUGGUGGUGCAGUGGACAGAGUGUCAGGCCUAGAAUCAAGGAGACUCCUCUCCCCAAGUUCAAAUCUGAUU